UUUCGCCUUUUUUUUUUAUUGGCAAAAACAUGAAAGGCGGCCAUAUUUUUGACAUGGACGUGCUGAAUGAAUGUGGAAAGCUUCUGCAUUCACUCUAACCUCAGACGGCAGCCACUUUGCGUCAGUGUUCAGGUGCGUCUCACAGCCUCAUAAAUCCCAUCCUCGUCCACUGUCCAAACAUGGGAUCAAUUAGUGGAAGUAAAAUCCCCCAAACUGCUGUUUGGCCGAUGGAUGGAUCCGGUGGAUGGGAGGAGUUGUGUCCUGUUGUUUGCAGAGGAGGGAACUGCUGGAGAGUUCUUCAGGGCUCCUGCAGUCUUUGGGUCUAUAAAGACCGUCUGCCUCCAAGUCAGGCCAAAUUAACUCCACCGGCCAAUUACUGCGCGUAGGAGGUUUGCCAUCUUUCUCUGGGCUUUUUCUAUCUUUUUUUUAAACUAUAUUUUAAUAAGGAAAUUGGAUGAGAAGGAGCAUGAUGGAGUACAUGGAGGAGAAGUUCGCGUUAAAAAGCUCCGACAUGAAGGCUGGAGAUUACUACAUGGACCACGUCAUGGAGAGCCUGGAUGGAGCGCACUACUUCAGCAAGUCCUCCCCGAAGUGUGUGUCGGCCUUCGGUCUGCAGGGCGCCGAGCCGGGCGCGGACCAGUGCUCCUCCUCACCCUGCGGGGAUCGGAGCGCGUCCUACCCGGGGCCGAACUCGGAGGAGGACGCGCUUCACUCGGACCUGGGCAGGUCUCUGGACUCCUGCUGCCCUCUCAGGUCCUCCCCGGUGACCAGCGGCCCGGAGAAAAGCGAGCUGGACGACAUGGGGGACAAAUGCGACAGCAACGUGUCGAGCAGCAAGAAGAGGAGACACCGGACGACCUUCACGAGCGCGCAGCUGGAGGAGCUGGAGAAGGUGUUCCAGAAGACCCACUAUCCAGAUGUGUACGUCAGGGAGCAGCUGGCCAUGAGGACAGAGUUGACGGAGGCUAGAGUCCAGGUCUGGUUUCAGAACAGAAGAGCAAAGUGGAGAAAAAGGGAGCGCUACGGGCAGAUCCAACAGGCCAAAACGCACUUUGCAGCCACCUACGAUUUAUCAGCGCUACCACGGACCGACGGCUACACGCAGAUCCCCAACAACCUGUGGCCGAGCCCGACUCCCGGCGGCUCCGUGGUCUCCUCCUGCAUGCUGCCCCGGGGCUCCCCUCCGUGCGUCACCUCCUAUCCGCACUCCCCUCGCUCAGCCUCGGCUGCCACCGCCGAUCACGGCUACAUGGGCUUCCCCAACCAACAGAACCAGUUCGGCCACGUCUCCUUGAACAACUUUUUCACCGCGGACUCCCUCCUCACGCCAGCUGCCAACCCUCACCCGGCCUUUGAGGCCAAGCCCGAGUUUGAAAGGCGCUCGUCCAGCAUCGCCGUGCUGCGCAUGAAGGCCAAGGAGCACACGGCCAACAUCUCCUGGGCCAUGUGAGCGGAGCCAGAAAGGCCACGGGAUGUCACUUUGCUGCUGUGUUGACUGAUCGAACGAGUUCGUCUGCAGGGUAACAGGGAUUUUCUAACAGCCUUGAACAGUGGAGGAACUAGAUGUUGUGAUGUCAUGUGACCAAGCAGCAAGAAGAGCAAACGGGUGGUAGAAUGUGGCCCACAGCAAGAGACUUUUGGAGCUUCACCAUGGAAACACAUCCAAGUCAUUUCGGCUGUUGGCCUGGUUUUUAUCCCACGAGCUGCGGACCGCUCAGGCCCCUGCAGAUGUUGGACGAGGAGGUGAGAGCUGAGAUGUGUUUUCUCAGUGGAGGUCAGGAAGUCAGCACUUCCUCCUAACUGAGACAUAAAGAAGAGCCGCGGCGCAGCAGUAAAAGCUGACGGCUGCGGUGGGAUUUGUGCGCCGCGUGGGCGAGUCCCCAAAAGGACGAGUCCCCAAAGCGACACAUUUCUAAGUGCUGUGAAACAAACUUGCUUUCAUCUUCCUCCCUAACGGAGAGCUGAAGGAAAAACGGCAGAAAAAAAGGACAUUUUUGUGUGCUUUGUAAUAAAGCUCCAAACGUCCAUUUUGUGCCUUUACUCUAAUUGACAGCAAUGCAUUGUGGUUAGAUUUGAAAGAUUGUUGGCUUCAUGAACUGUGUUGGUGAAAUCUUAAUAAACAGAUGCAUUGACUGUUGUAA